GUUGACCUGUGAACCUUGUGCAGGCCCCUGUCCUAAAGCGUGCCAGGGAAAUAAGACGAUUGACUCUGUUACUUCAGCCCAGGCCUUAAGAGGAUGCACCGUCAUUGAGGGCAACAUGGUUAUCAAGAUCCGAGGAGGGACUAAUAUUGCGGCUGAGCUUGAAGCUAGCCUGGGACAGAUCGAGGUCAUCAAAGGUUACCUUAGUAUACGGAGGGCCUACGCGUUGGUCUCCCUCUCAUUUUUGAGAAAACUACAUACUAUUAAGGGAGAGCAAUUUGACUCAGAUCACUAUGCCUUUUACGCACUGGACAACCAGAACCUCCGGCAGCUGUGGGAUUGGUCCAAGCACAACCUGACGAUCGAGCGAGGCCGCACCUUCUUCCACUUCAACCCUAAGCUUUGUAUGUCCGAAAUCAAGAAGCUGGAGGAGGUAACAGGAACCAAGCAGCGCAACAUGAAGAACGAUAUCGCUGCUCGCACCAACGGAGACCAAGCAUCCUGUGAGAUGAAGCUGUUGAACUUCACUCAGAUUAAGGUUAAGUCUAACAUGAUCAUUCUGAAGUGGCAGGCGUACUGGCCGUCGGACUACAGAGACCUGCUGGGAUUUAUGGUUCUCUACAAAGAGGCCCCGUACAAGAAUGUGACCGAGUUCGACGGACAGGACGCGUGCGGCUCAAACAGUUGGGUAAUAGCUGACGUCGACCCUCCGCCUCGCGCCACAGAUGGAAAGAAGGCAGAAGAUCCAGGCUACCUCAUCCGAGCAUUAAAACCCUGGACCCAGUACGCCAUCAUGGUGAGAACCCAGCUGUCUGCGUCUGACGAACAUCAGGUUCACGGAGCCAAGAGCGAAAUCAUUUAUGUUCGCACAAACGCCUCAAGACCUUCUGAACCUCUGGACCCCAUCUCCUCCUCAAACUCCUCCUCUCAGAUCAUCCUGAAGUGGAAGCCUCCCACCAGUCCCAACGGAAACAUCACCCACUACCGAGUGGUCUGUCUUAAGCAGCAGGAGGACAGCGACCUCUACAAGUUUGAUUACUGCCUACAGGGAAUGAAGCUGCCUUCCCGAACCCCAACUCACCUGGACAGCGAGGACGAGCAGAAGUGGAACCAAACAGAAGAUCUGAACCCAGGGGGGCGAUGUUGCACCUGCCCGAAGACGAAAUUUGAAAUCGAGCAACAUCAGAAAGAGAUAGCGUACCGCAAGACCUUUGAGGAUUACCUCCAUAACAUCGUCUUUGAGAGCAGGCAAAGUCGUCCUCGACGCUCAGUGGACGACCCAGAUCCCACCCAGUCCACUCUCUUUCACACCUCCAUGUCCCGUCUGAAGUACGAUCCAACCACUGCUUCACCCGAGGAAGAGGACGAAGAGGAAGAGGGAUCUAAGGUGGUGGUCGAUGUGUUUGGGAAGGAAUCAGUAGUCAUAUCCAACCUGCAGCACUUCACCAGCUAUAAGAUAGAGAUCAUAGCUUGCAACCAUAUCACAGACACCAAACGCUGCAGCUUGCCCACUUAUGUCAGCGCCCGGACCAUGCCAGAGUUAAAAGCAGAUGACAUCCCAGGCCAGGUGACCCAUGAGAUUGUGAACGCUGAGCCCCCCUAUGUGAAUGUUCGAUGGAACGAGCCUCCCUCGCCUAAUGGCCUAAUCAUCCUUUAUGAGGUGUUCUACCGGAAGGUUGGCGACCCAGAGCCGCACUCAACUUGUGUCUCACGGCUGAACUAUCAGAAGAUGGGCGGCACCAAGCUCACGCUGGUCCAGGCUGGGAACUACAGCGUGACUGUCCGGGCUACAUCCUUGGCUGGAAAUGGAUCCUUCACAGAAACCACGUACUUCUUCAUGCCGAGCCCUGAUACAGGUUUAGUUUGGAUUGUGAGUGGACCGGUCAUCUGCUCCAUCCUCUUGCUCUUCGUGGGAGGAGCCGUCUUCUUUAUCAUCAGGAAAAGGCAAACCGAAGGUCCUUUGGGAGAUCUCAUCACCUCACCGAAUCCAGAAUACUUCAGUGCCAAUGACAUGUACGUUCCUGAUGAGUGGGAGGUUCCCCGCGAGAAGAUCAACCUCCUCCGGGAGCUGGGUCAGGGCUCCUUCGGCAUGGUGUAUGAGGGCAUCGCUCAGGACAUCGUCAAGGGAGAACCAGAGACGCGCGUCGCCGUCAAGACGGUCAACGAAUCAGCAAGCCUGAGAGAGAGGAUCGAGUUCCUGAAUGAAGCUUCGGUCAUGAAGGCCUUCAUCUGUCACCAUGUGGUUCGUCUGCUGGGAGUCGUGUCUAAAGGUCAGCCCACGCUGGUAGUCAUGGAGCUGAUGACUCAUGGCGACCUGAAGAGCUACCUGCGGAGUCUGAGGCCAGACUCUGAGAACAACCCAUCCGGCUGCCCGCCGCCCACUCUGAAAGACAUGCUCCAGAUGGCAGCAGAAAUUGCAGACGGCAUGGCCUACCUCAACGCCAAGAAGUUUGUGCACAGAGACCUUGCGGCCAGAAACUGCAUGGUGGCGGAGGACUUCACUGUCAAGAUCGGAGACUUUGGAAUGACGCGGGAUAUUUAUGAGACUGACUACUACCGCAAAGGAGGGAAGGGUCUGCUUCCCGUCAGGUGGAUGGCUCCAGAGUCCCUGAAGGACGGGGUUUUCACCGCCCACUCUGACUGCUGGUCUUUCGGGGUUGUGCUGUGGGAAAUCAGCACGUUAGCAGAGCAGCCUUACCAGGGUUUAUCCAAUGAGCAGGUUCUGAAGUUCGUCAUGGACGGAGGCUUCCUGGAUCGACCUGACAACUGCCCUGAGAGGAUGCACAGCCUGAUGCAGAUGUGUUGGCAGUACAACCCCAAGAUGCGGCCAACGUUCCUCGAGAUCAUCGAGAUGCUGCGGGACGACCUGCACCCGACCUUUCAGGAAGUGUCCUUCUUCUACAGCGAGGAGAACAAAAUCCCCGAGACGGAGGACUUCGACCUGGACCUGGACAACAUGGAAAGUAUCCCCCUGGACCCAUCGUCUUAUUCCCAGAGGGAGGAUAACUUAAGCAGAGACAGCGGGCCCUCGGUGGCCCUCAGGGGGAACUAUGAGGAGCACAUCCCCUACACACACAUGAACGGUGGCAAGAAAAACGGAAGAAUCUUAUCAUUGCCCAGAUCCAGUCCUUCCUAACAUCUCCUGCUCCCUCCCCCUCCCUAAAAUGACUAGUGACACUUCCUCCCUCUCUUUCUGUCCCUUUUUUCUGUACCUUGCAAACAUUUUCUAACGAUUUUUCUUAUUCUUAGAGAAACCAAUCGAAAAAUAACACAAAAAAAAAAAGACCCAGAUCUCAGGACUUUGAAUUUUCUUCCUCAUAGCUGCCAAACCAAGGCAAGCAAAGGAUGCAAACGCCUCUUUUCAACUUGCUCCAUGACACAUCAGACUUGAUGUUACCCACAUCUGCGUUAAUGGGUCAACACCAUGUUUCCAGGACUCCAUGUGACGGAAACAACAACAAACAUUAAAAAAAAAAUCAAAACUGUGAACACAACAAACCUUAGACAACCAAGAAGGCUGCUCAACCUUCCCUCUCACCCCCAUAAAAGCCUCUCCUCUCGCUCCCAGCUCAACUGCAUUUUCCACACUUCUGUGCUUUUACCUUUUUUUUGUCUCUCCAAAUGAAACGUUUUUACUCUGAUGGUGGCCUUUAAAAAAAAAAAAAAAAUACGUGGCCUAUAGACUACAGAAUCAUGUCUAAGUAAAUUCCUCGUUUUAGCUACAAAGACUUAAUCAGUGGGAUGACUUACUCGCAAAGAAUUGAUCUUAGAACAAACAUCAUUUCCUGGAGGAACAUUUUCUUUUCUUUUCGCUUUGUUUUGUUUUUGGUUCUGCAAAAUUCCAAACUACCCACAGAUUUAUCAGGUGUUUGGUGAAUAGUUUUAAUUUAUUGGCUGUGUCCUUAUUUCCCUUCUCUGUUUGUUUCUGUGUCCUCACUUUGUGGCUGAAGGAUAUUUAAACAGUUCAAAUUUGGACAAAAGAGUUCAUCAGACUGACCAAUAGCUGCUGCUUUGAUAUAUUAUAGUGGGUAUAGAAAUAUAUAAAUAUAUAAUAUAUAUAUAGUAUAUAUAGAAUAAUUACAUUUUUCAGCCAUUAUUUUAUAUAUAGUAUACUGUAUAACAUUGAUGGGUUACUUUUGUAAAUACUGUAGUUGAUAUUUGUGUACUUCAUCAGAGGCUUUACUUACGUGUUUUAUUGUGUUUUUCUUUUUUUUUUAAAUGUUUUUUAGCCCCAGAAGUUACACUAAUCUACCGUCAGUGCUCUCUGUGUCUACGGCAUCCAGCCCAUGAUCUUUUUAUUUUUUUAUUUUUACUUUUGUCUUUGAUUUUCAACAUAUGGAGGAAACUUUACUACUGCAGCAAAAAAAAACCCGGGAUAAAUGACCUAAAAGCUUUACAAAGAGGGGAAGCCAGGCCUUUAUAGGGUCAAAGUGCUCCAGAAAUGUGUUUGCCGUCUUUCUCUGGUCACAAUCACAGUUUGCCUUUUUAUCCAUUUGGUUUCUUUGAGGAGAAAACAAAAAAAAACUAAAUUCUGUUGCAAAAAUGUCUUGAAAUUGUGCAGCUUUGAGUGGUUUUGCUUGUUCAGGUGCUUCUCAGUUGUCGGUAUUAGUCCUGGAGUUUACGGCAGGUGAGGUGGAUGAUAUUAGGAAUUUCAGUUGGGGAGAUUUACUACAUUAAACCCAAGCAUUGAUAAAUCACCCACACCUCACUGCUCCUGAACCCUCCGACGCGGCUUCCAAGGCUUUCUGUCGGCCACUGAACUCUCCUCUCCAAAUAAGUCUGGUGGAAAUUUCCACGUUUAACGACUGAGGGCUGGAGAGAGAUGCGGAAAGUUCCAAAUGUAUUCACAGCCGGCAGUCCUGCACUCCGGGUGGGGCGGGAUCAUGAGUCGAUUGUUAAUUCUCUUAUUCUCCCUGCCAUCACAUGGAGCUUCACAGUCGGGGCACGGCGUGCAGCAGCUUUUCCGCUCAGGACACACAUUCCAGGAUUCAGUCAAAUCUCCACAUCCCCAAAGAAUCCUGUUUGGCCGACACCAUCAGAGUGUUUUGCUGCAUUAAUCAACGGCUGCUUGGGUUUGCAGAAGAUAACACUUUACAGCAUCUUGUCUUUUCGUGAUUUUCACCCCAUAAAUUUGGAGUAUAAAUCAUUUCUAACAGCAGUGCCAACAAAUCGGCAAAAAGAUUUUCCUUCACUGCAUAACUGGAAACGCUCUUCUCCCAAAUGGCAGCAUUUCUCUUUGAGGACACAGACACUUUUUUGCUGAGCAGCGUUCAUUUAAAGGGUGGCCAGAGAAGCUGCCUCCAUAUCUGAACCAGUGCCUUUUUAAUUAUUUCCCAACAAAUUCAUCUUCUAAGCUGAUGCAACAUGCAGAAAAUAUGCUCCUAAUGGCCUGUCAGUUUUUAUUUUGUUAGUUUUUCAUUUGCAAAAAAAAGCAAAAGGUCUCUAAUAUGUUAUGAUUGAGUCGCUGCAGGUAGUUCAGAGUCAGUAGUUAUUAGCAUUUACUGAUGUGGUCGCAAGAGCUAAAGAUGUGUAAUAAAACCUUCAUAUCAUCUCUGUAUUUGAAUAGAUUGAUCUCCCAUUGCAUGAUUUGGACAAAACACUAAUUUUAUUAAGAGUAAAUUUAUUUAUUUAUAAGAAAAUAUAAAAACUAACACUAGUAUCCCAGAUACCGCCUUUAAAAGACAUGAAACUCAACCUGCUAAUGAUUGCCCUUUUUUAGUGUUUGAAAAAUAGUUUGGCCCACAGCAUCAUAGGUCCACUUUAUGAAGCGCCAUAGAGGACUAAUUCCAAAAAAUGGGGUCGUUGAUCAGCCAUUAACGGGUUGAGAGAUCCACAACAGAAAUUAAACUAAACAAUAAACACUAAUGUUGAAGUAAUUAAGGUUGGAAAAGCAUCUCUAAAGAUGGAAUAAACCAAAUACUGUGAUUGUUGAAGCCGAUUGUAAUAUUUUACAACUGUAUUUAAUUGAUUUUGAGUAAAGGUUUGUAUUCUCAACUCAAUAUUUGGGUCAUGAGUCGACUCUGGUACCACUUGUGGGUCAGAGGCUGAAAGUCUGGGAACCUCUGCUGUAGAAAACAUCAACUGGAUGGAUUGUGUUUUUUCCAGUAAAAUUUUAGUCCAAUUUCACCAAAGAUCCACUUAAAGUUGCAAAAGAGUUUAGUAAACUCCACUUAGUUUUGUCUGUAGCGGCCAGACAGAAAAGGUAUUUCUUAGACUCCUUGGCAACCACUUAGCAUGCAGAAAGCAUCCAUUGGUUGCCAUGGAGACCUACAACUCCAAGGUGCAAGGUAAUACUGUGAUUCUUAAAAGCAAGCUCUUAGAUUUCUUUUUUAUUUUUAAACAGUUACUGUAUUGAAUAGCAAGAAAAAUCAUAAAGGUAAUGUUUUUGUUACGUUCAUUUUAUCGAAUUAUUUAAGGUCCAACAAUAUGGCUGUCAGUAAAUCUCCAAAUCAUUCAGUGGGGGAGUCCUCUAUCAAUUUAUCUGAAGGCUGUUUAUGUAAAUUAAAGAAACAAAUUGGAACCAUUUUAGAUUUCUGCCUUUUUGAGUGAAAACAAGGUUUUUAAUAAGAUUCUAGUAAACAUCUUUAAUGUUUCUAGUACUGGCACAUCACAGUGAGCCCUAUUUGUAGCUCAGACACAUCUCUGGUUCCCUCUGCAUAAAAACAACAGAGUACUAUUCUUUUUUUAAUGAAACUAUUUGACCGUGUGAUUGAGCAUUAAUGAGGUUUUAGGAAAUAGAUGGUUAAUUGUUGUCCUGGUGGGAAGGCUGGCGGUGAACAGCUCUGUUAAUAGUUUGUUUGUAUGUAGUUGUCUUGGUCUGUUUGUUUGGCCGGAGUCUACCUCAGUGCAGGAAGGAGGAAGCUGUUCAAAGAGCCUCGAUCAUCCCCACAGCCUGCUUAGUAUCACUACAAAGAAAAUCUUUUUAUGCUACGUUUUACACACAUAUGAUGGUUUUAUACGGUUAACUCUCUCCUGCCUCUUUUUAUGUAUCCGUAUCUCUUCUUGUGUGUCUGGGGGAGGCAGCCUUGCUUCGAAUUAAACACAAACUAUGGAGCUUAACGAGCAGCUCCUUUUCUUUUCCCCACUUCCACUACAGGAGGAAGCAGACGACCUCCAGACUGCUCCUCGGUUCAUAUCUACUGAUUUCACAGCAGAUCCCCCUCUUAUCGCCUGUUUGCAGCCAAAGCUAACCUAGCUCAGCUGUAGGCCUUAUGUUCUGUAAACGACCUUUCUUUGCAUUUAUCCUCCUGUUGUAUUGGCUCUGAUUUUGUUGUCUGUGUAUGUUUUUUUUUUUUUCUUUCCCCACCCCAACUGUGAAUACAAGAGAUGACCUUUUAUUUUCCCUGCCAGCACCAUUGAUCCAGUGGGUCUGUUGUGACGGAUUAUGACACAGAAGUGGGGGCGAUUAGAGAGAACCUUUUAUUUUCCUGCUGCAGAGAAAAAAAAGCCAACUGGGACAAUCCUGUGUGCCAUAAACAAAAACUUUUAACAGAUUUUAAAAUCUUGAUUGUAAAUUUUUGGUCUCAGGGAGGCGGCUCCUUGCUUUGCCUCAAGAGCAUAAAGAGGUGGAGGAGGGAAAAGAAGAACUACCUACCUUUUCAUCUAUCCCAGUUGUUCCUAAUUAGAGAUAAUCAGGAAUCCACAUCUCUGGCUCUGUGGUGAAGUGGCUCAGACUGCCCUCUAGUGGUUUCUUGGAGGCAUUGCAGGUCUCAACGUGCCUUCUUAAGACUAAAGGCACACCUGACUCAGAAACUGGCAUUUCUCUACAAAUCGCAGAUUUUACACCAAACUUAAAAUAAAAGCUUUCACUUUAUUUUAUUUUUUUGUUUUUUACACAUUCUGUUUCUUUUUCCUUUAAAUGCAGAAUUAAUACUGUAAUUUGAAAGAAAAGUUGAUGAACUCCAGAUUCAUGGUUUGAUGUUGAUGGCUUUUGCUUCUGAUCAGUCUGUUACAACAGGGCCCCCCCACCCACUCACACCAAAACCUUACAAAAAAAAAAUAAAGGUGUUUAUUUGGAAAUCUGUACAAUAAAUAAUAAGCUCCUCAAACUGUAAAUAGCUGCUGAUGUUGUGUGUCCAGGAAAAAGGAAAUAAAAGAGAAGCACUUGGUGUUAGGGAAGGUUUGCUGAACUCUUAUUGGGUGAAAACAAAGCAGAUGGUUUGCUUUGUUUUCAGCAGAUAAAGUAUUACACUUUAGAGAUGUUGAUUUCUAUUUUUUUAGCCAAAGUAGGGGAGGACAAAAAUCAAUAGUUUUUUUUCUGACUGUAGUUUUCCUACUUCUUGUACAUGAUGAAUUUAACGUUGUUAUCAAUGUGUGUAUAUAUCUUUUUCUAAGUUUAAAUUAAUUGAUUAUUUCUCUUUUUGUCUGUUUUUUAUAACACAGCCCACCACAGAAACAUGUCGUAGUCUGUUCAUGUAUUUGGUAAAGUGGGGGGGGGGGGGGAGCAGCUCUCCUGUCUGAAGCAACAUAACAAAACAGCAUGUGGCCUCCAAUUUGUCGCAUCCCAUAAUCUCAUGCUAGUUUUCUGAAUGUCAGCCCCCACCCCAUCACACUCAGUCCAAGCAGCAUGUCGACUGAAAGCCUUUUCUCAUAAAUGUCUUUUUAUUUUUUAAUAAAAAUCAGGUGGAAACUUUUUUUUUUUCUUCCUUUUUAUGUACACAUUAGGGGGAAAGCUGGACCAGACCCAUGUGUUUUUAAAGAGUAAUUCUAAGCAAUAAGAUCCAAAAUGAAAAAUUAAAUCUGUGAUGAAGAAUACACUUGCCUGAAAUUCAGACUAGAGCUGGAGGUAUUUCUGCUAGAAGAUGAAACUGUUUGCUCCCAUUAAUAUGACUUAUUUUCUUAUUCUAAUAGAGGGACAUGUUUUUCUGAUCAUAAAAGGCUUUUUUCUCACUUUAAACUUCCCUGUUUAUUCAAGAGCAAAAGUCAUUUGGUAAAAGGAGCAGUGUGCCAUCUAGUGGUAAAGCUUGAAAUUACAAACAAACUGAUAUCUAAAUAUUUGGUAGAAAAGGGCAGAUUGAGCCUUUAACAAAGAAAAUUUUGAUGUUCUGCAGAUUUGUUAAUCUCAGAAUAAUGGUUGAUUAAUUUUAAAAUUUUCAGCUUUACCUACUUAAGUUUUUGAAUUUGUUUAAACUACUUGUCCCCCCAAAAUGGCUGGAUCAUAUGAUUUAUCUCAGCAAAAUUUCUCCUAGAAAUAAAACUGUUAGAGUUGUUCCUUUCAACAGGUUAACACCUGUUAUGAAACACCUCCUGCUCUGAGUCAUUUCAUAACUUACUAAGUGGCAUAUUUAACGUAUGUUUCAUGAAUCCUUAUUGAUUGAAGUUAAAUGCGUAGAAAUAAAAGAGCUAGUGGUCUACUCCAGUUCAGUCACCUCCUGUGCUUGCUUUGUUUAAACCAUUGUCUGAUUGUUCCUCCUUUCUGUCUUUAAGUGUCUUCUCUUGGUGCACGUAGGUGGUUUCUCCAGAUUUCUGUGCAUAGUCCUGCAGGAUACCUCUUUGUUAAUGUAAUUUUUAUUGUACUUGUAUUCAUUUUUGGAACAUAUUGUGUAUACAGUACGUGGAGAUGUUGUGAAUGCAGAAAGCGGGUGUAAAUGUGUGCGUGUACAGUCCGAACCCCCCCUCCCAAACCUGCAAAAACCUCACACGGAUUGCUUUAUAUCCCCCCCCAUUCACCUCACACUGGACCCAGAUGUGCCAUGAUCUAUCUGUACCACGGACAGCAAACGUGAUGGGAGUUCCUCUCACAAAUGCAGAGAUAAAAGCUCAUUGUACAGGAUCAAAACAACAACAAAACGUGCCAUGACUAAAAGAACGCUUGACAAUUUAUUUUUUCUAUACGUUUUCAAAAGGAGAGCCAAGUAGUGACAUGUAAAGAAAAUGUUGCAAUGAUAUGAAAGUAAGAAAAUCUUGCUGUGUGUAAAUUAUUCAACAAUUAACUGUUUAUAUUAAAAUUAUGAAUAAAAUUAUUGGAGAAAA